AUGCCACACCUUCGCCGACAGCCCAAUCCACAUGAUUUGCCGGCGCAAGGGCCAAACGCCCCUAGCCUUCGCACACAAUUCCAAACUCCGCCUUCGCGACAUACCCCAACCAAUCCGACCCACCGACUCAUACCUUCCUCUGGCUCCUAUGAGAUAACUCCAGAUCCAUUGCCUGCGAUGGCGCCCCCGACAGGCUACCCGAAUCCUUUUAGUAUCUUUGGGCGGGGAAGGCCCCAAAAUCCUCCUCCUCCUCCUCCUCCUCCACCACCACCUCCUCCACCUCAACUGGCCGAUGUCGAGGAUUCCUUUCAAGACGGAGACGAUGGCUACGACGAGACUCAAGAGGAUAUGGAACUAGGGGAAUACGACGAUGGAAUGCUAGGCCAAGAUCAAGGAGAUCUAGAGGACGACAUUGAUGAUACGCAAGAGAUGGAUGACGAGGAAAUUGAGGAGGAAGAUGAGGAGCUCAUGGAAGACCAUCUCGGAGGCGAUGAAGAAAUGCACGAUCAAGGUACGGACUCUGCCUUCCUCCUAGUAACCCCACGAACUAACUUGACUGCUGAAACAGAACGGUCCCCAUCGCCCCUGCCACCCAAUCUCCGCGAGAUCUCAUCCCUCGCAUCCUGGACCGUCUCCACCUCCAAACCUGGCUGUGGUGUCGCGGCUCUCCGCAAUCCUUCUCCGCAGCAAUAUUGGCAGUCAGAUGGUCCCCAGCCACACACAUUGACCCUGCAUUUCUUCAAACUCGUCGCUAUUGUCAAACUCCGCGUAUACCUCGAUUUCGAGCUCGACGAGAGCUACACCCCCACAAAAAUGAUAUUCCUAGCUGGCAUGGGCGGAAACGACCUCGUCGAAUUCGCCACUUGGGAAGAUGAUGGACCUUGCGGCUGGGUCGAUAUCCGCCUCGAAGGCGUCGGCGGACGAAACGGAGGCUGGGUCCGAGAGAACCUCUCUAAAAAAGAACGCGCAGCCAAGAAUGCUCGUCGCAAGUCCCAGAAACCAGACAACAAUGACCAGGAUAGCGAGCCAUCCGAUGGGGAAGCUCUUGAUGGAGUAGAUCCGAUUGGCGACGAACUAGAUCCGUACUGCGGCAAUGUUCUCAAGGCUAUGGUGGUGCAGGUGCGAAUUAUGGAAAACCACCAGAACGGCAAAGAUACACACGUUCGUGGCUUCCAGGUCUUUGCUUGUGAUGAGAGUCGUCGUCGUGUGGCUGCUGCUCCGAGUGCGUCUGCUGAUGGUCGUCAUCACAACCAUCGUCGCUAUAGUGCUCGGCAGUCUUUGCGGGGAAGUUUCAAUAACGAUCCCAAUAAUGCACGCAUUGCGAGCAUGGCAAGUGAGGAUCUUGACACUUCUCGGAUUGGCGCGGCUUCUGGGUUAGAUGAGCCAGAUUGGAUGGGUGAGCCUAUUAUUCGAUGA